AUGGACAACGAGCCCAUCGUUCAUUUUCGGAGGUGGGCUCACAGCGUCCAGAAAACCGGCGUCAAUGGCGACAACAAAAACUGUCCAUAUGUCCCCCCUUCCCGUCUGAAGGAAUACUGGACUGAAGAGACCGUCCAAGAGGUUCUCGAUGCUUGCCACCUACGGGAGAAUGUUGCCAAGAUCAUGAAAAGCUUCCCCCGUGUCUUCUCCACAUUGGUUUACGCCGGCCAGCCCGAGAAGAUUAACUUAUUCAUCCGAAGAAACACUGAUGACGUCCAUCUGCCCAUGUUUGGACUUCCGCCCGAAUGGCCUCCAGUCCUUCGAAAAUUCUUACAUGACCAAUGGAUGUUCUGCCCUCUCGAGUUCAGCGAUGAUCUGAUGUUCAAGCGCGAGCUGCCUAUCCGUCAGAUCCUACCCGUGACAUACUUGGAAUCGCUCAGAAACAAGUCAUGGUGUGGUGAUGGACCAUCCAUUCAAAAAGUUGAAAUUCACCCCGAGUGCAAUGCAAUGACGGCCAAGGACACUCACGUGGUCUUCAAGACCUUCAAGGGUCCUGGCAUGAAACGCCUCUACAAGGCUGAAGCAGAGAUCUACUCAAAACUUUCUGGCAUGCCAAAGACUCAAAAGAAUAUCACCAAGCACUACGGCUCUUUUUCUUUUGAACAGACCGACACCCAAAUCAUCAUCAUUGAGUACGCCGCCCAAGGUUCCCUCCUGGACUUUUUCCGCGAAACCUCGCCUCCCGACACUCCAGAGGAGUUUUUGAUGUUCUGGCGCGAGCUCUUGAAGCUCGUGCCGGCUUUGCACGCGUUUCAAACCUUCAACAGGUCACCGCUCGAGGGGAGUUCUAGAAAUGGUUUCACCAUGGCAGUUCAUCAGGAUAUCCAGCCAGCCAACAUCCUGGUCUUCCCUCACCCACCAAAGUCGCCACCACGGGACAAGUCCAGGUUCGAUGUUCGUUUCAAGCUUGCCGACUUUGGUUUAGCCGAGCUCAGGAGAGUUUCGAAACCUAAUGAACAGUUCACCAUUGAAAACGAGGGCAAUUGCAUGUAUGGCGCCCCAGAAUGCUACUCCAAUCGCGCAGUUGAACGUGAGGUCAGGCCCGCAGUUACAGCCAAGGUUGAUGUAUGGUCUGUCGGGGCCGUCCUCAGCGAUGCCCUUGUCUGGUCCAAAUCUGGCGAGCCCGGUCGCGAAGAAUACCGGACAUGCAGAAGCGAUGUCAUCGCCAAGUUGGGCCACAUUAAAGCCAGGGGGUUCGAAGCCUGUUUCCAUGAUGGCGAGCACGUUCUUGAUGUUGUCCCGCAGUUCCACUCCAAGGUUCUACACGACGACAUAGGGAGCGACAACAUUUCCGAGAGAAUGAGUAAGUUCAUUCUAUCGGACAUGCUGACAGACGCAGGCGGUCGGGUUUGUGCAAAUAUCCUCAUUCGCCACGCAGACAAGGUCAUGGAUCGCGAAGGUCUCAUCGACCCUUCGCAACUGUCACAAAUCCCACCGCCUCACGAUCCAGGCCAAGUGCCAGCAUCAAGCGAGGAUCAAGCAGUGAAUCCACAGCGUCAGUCUUCACAUCCUCGAGCAUUGACUCCUCAGACAUCACCGACUGUCCCCAGCGACAGAGCCAAUGGUCAGAGCCUCACUCACAUGUCUGGAACUCGCGCCCGUGUUCCAGUUGAGAGAAUCUACGACAUUCUGGAAAAGAAAGAAGGCAGAUUGCUAUGCUGUCGACUAAAAUUUUUAAGCAGACGCCCUGAGAGAGUCAUUGAAGUCCCAGGACUGGCCUCUGCUCGGAGCAAGAUCAAGGAUUCUCGUGGCCGUGUUCAGAUACUCGUCAUUGACAACUUCACUUCCAUGAAACCACACAUGAGACAAGUUGCGAAGACUGCCAGAGUGGUCAGCUAUUAUAUAAAGGUGGCGAACAGGAACCGCAUGGCUCUAUUCUUUGCUUCGGAUCCGACCAGAUCCUGGAAGUGUUCAACGAGCACGCAAGUUGAGUCAGCAAUCCAGAGAAUGAAAUCCGUGGAUGGAAGGUGCAGUAUGAAGAUCUGUCUUCUCAACAUCAUAGAGAAAGUCCUCAAGAGCGGCAAGAAUGGCAUCAAACCCACCAGCAUCUAUGUGUACACCGAUGGAGUGUGGGAGGGAGUCAACGACGUUAAGAGCGUCAUCCAGAAGUCAAUCGGUCGCCUCGUCGAGGACAAAGAGGACCCGUCGCGAAUCAUGUUCCAGUUUAUUCAGUACGGCAACGACGACCAAGGCACGGCGCGCCUGCGAGAACUGGACGACAAGUGUAAAGAACAUCACCACGGCGUGGAAUACGAUAUCGUGGACACGAAGCGUUGGGAUAGUGACGUUGCCGGAAUCGUUAUUGGCAGCAUUUCCCAGGCCAAUGACGAGGACAGAGCCACGGCUUCUGGGUAG